AUGGAGCCGGCUUUUGUGAAAGGUUUCUUUUUGUACUCCUUGGCCAUUGGAGUCACCGCCAAUCGCAUGGUUAACCGAAGGUUCUUCACCUCAAAGUUCACCAGCGCCUACGUCCUGGCUUAUAAUGUCAUUACAUUAGUUGGAUUCCCGAUAAUUUUAUGGAUGACAGAGGGAAAUUUCCAGAAGAAGAUGAACUAUCCCAUACUCAUUCUGGUUACCUACAGAUUGCGAUUCAUUCUGGCCUAUGUAAUUAUUGCCUACACGAUAUUGUCGCGAGGAUUUCGAGACCUGGCCUUAUUUGAAAUGGAGCCAGUCCUCUCAAAGUUGUACGGAGAAGAAAGGCGCGGUAGAAUUCAUCCAAUAAGUAGAUCCCUUCGUCUGUUAUUCUACCUGAAAUUUGCUACAGUAAUUUGGCGGUGCAUCACCGACUCUAUAUUCCUCUUCUACUCUACGGAUGGCUAUACUUUGGCCAACAUUGUCAGGUUUAUAUUUCUGAGCAACUCCUACAAUAUGCUGAACGUAGUCUCCAUGUCAUACUUUCUCUCCAUGUGGCACAUUGCCCGUGGGUACGAGUGUGUGAACGUGCGAUUGGAGAAGCUCUCCCAGUCGCGACCAUCUAGGAGGGAUCUAAAGGAACUGCAGUAUCUCUGGUCCCUGCAUGCCGCCCUGACCAAGGCAGUUCUCCGCAUAAACAAGAUCUUCAGCCCCCAGAUGCUGGCCGCCCGGGCCGAUUGCUUCGUGUUUGGCGUGGUCCAGGGCUACUGGGGGGCCUUCUUCACCUUCGACACAGAUACAUCCAUGUUUUGGAUAGUCUACGGGAGCGUUGCCUACUUUAUGAACUCUCUGGACUACUACCUCAUUGACCACAUGUGCGACGUGGUGGGAAAGUAUCAGAAUGCACGCAGGGAUGCCUGGAGCGAGAGUCGCUGGACGAAUGAGUCUAGUGCCUUUGUGACCUACGCGAACAGCUCAAAGUUGGAACUCUGGAUCUGCGGACUGUACCAGGUGAACCGAAGUCUCUGGUUCGAUAUGAUCAGUGGGGUCCUUUACUACUUUGUAAUGCUGCUACAGUUUCAUUUGGUUCUACAAAAGGUCUAA